AUGUCGAACGAGCAGUACAUGACGCGGGAACAGAUGCUGGCUUCGGCACAGCAGGAGCUCGUUGCCUUCCAGGACAUGUACAACAGAAUGCAGCACCAGUGCUGGAAGAAGUGCGUAUUGCGUUUGGGUGAGUCGGAGCUGAGCGUGUCGGAAGGUCUUUGCGCUGAUCGAUGCGUCAAGAAGUACAUGGAGGUGCACAACCGCGUGGGCAAGGUGCUGCAGGGGCUGCAGCAGCAACAGCCGCAACCGCAGUAA